AUGUUGCUGAAAUUUCUUCUGCCCUGUCUACUUUUCGUAUUUUCCAAAGAAGUUCUCGGAGCACAUGAAUGUGUCUGGAUCACGGGCCAGGUCAACUGUCAACAUGAUCCAUCAAAAAUCUCAAUGUUGAGGGUCUAUGAUCGAGAUUCGACAUUUUUCCUCCUCAAGCUGAUGGAUCCCGAUGAUUUGAUGGGAGUGACCUUUUCGAGCGAGAACGGCUUCAAGAACAAACCCGAACCAUACAUUCAGAUUCGUCACUACUGCAACAAGGCCGAAGGAGAGACGAUCACUCUGCCUGAAUUCAGCACUUUUGUCCCCAACACUUAUGAGCUAGGCACGUUUCAACUCGACGGACCAUCGAAUGGUGCUCCCAAAGUGAAUCUGAAGACGAAUCGAACA